AUCUGGGUCUCCCAGGGGAGCAGAUCCCAAAGUUGUGGAGAGGGAACGUGUGGGCACUGAGGCAGAGGAGAAGGCAGGGACUCCUCUUGGGAGGAGUGGCUGAGAGCCCUGGGUCUGGUUCUUCUGGAGGAGGGAGAGGGGAGACCUUAUUACUCUCUACAACUACCUGAAAGAAGGUUGUGGAGAGGAGGGAGCUGGCCUCUUCUCCCAAGUAACAAGGAACUGGACGAGAGGAAAUGGCCUCAAGUUGUGCCAGGGGAGUUUUAGAGUGGUUGGUAGGAGACAUUUCUUCACUUACGAGAGCGGUGAAGCUCUGGAACCGGCUGCCAAGGGCAGUGGUGGAGUCUCCAUCCCUGGAGGGGUUCACAAAGCCUGUGGCCAUGGCACCUCUGGAUAUGGUUUAGCAGGCAGGAUGGGGUUGGACUGAAUGAGCUCAGAGGUCUUUUUCCAACCUUAAUGAUUCUAUGAGUGAGGGGCUGCAAUGGGCUCUGCAACAGGGGGGCAAGGAGGUACCCCGAGAAUGCAUGGGGUGGAGCAGGGCUAUAGUGGCCAUCAUGCCACCAUGCAGGGAAUGCAGAAACACCUGUGUUGGCAUAAAUGGGAUAUUGUUAAGCUUGGGCUGGCAGGCUCCUGGGUUCUGGAGGGGCAUCAAUGGGAAGUGAACCCCACAGCCCCUCCCUGGUUUGCAGAAGCUUCCCAGCAGUGCCUGUGGCAGGGCAACACCUCAGCCAAGGGCUUGUGCCUGCAGCCACGAAGCCCCAGCCUUCCCUGAGGCCCUGGCUCCCCCUGAUGUGGGACAUCAGCCCAGGCUGUCCCUCCUGGGGUGAGGGGCAUGUGCCACCUCAUCCACUGGGCACUGUUGGCAGUUGCUACAAUCAUUGCAACAGUUGUGUUGUAAGGAGAAACACAGGCACAAACCUGCCCGUUGAUCCCAAAACAAGGACUACGCACAUCCGGAGGCUCCCACUUGGUGAUCCAGAGCCUGGCCAAGGGACACGAAAUUGGUGACAGCCACCCAGCACCUGGCUGAAGGGGCCAUCCCAGCCCCACCCAGGCCCUGGCUCUGCAGGGGAACACGUCCUUGACUCCAGGAGCUGGGACAGGAUGCCAGCACCCACACCUACCCAUGUCAUGUCCUGGGUGCCAGGGAGGGGCCAUGUGGGUGAACUUUAACCCAGGGCGGUGUCGAGGGCGCCUGGCAGCGCCCAACACACCAGCAGCACCCACAGGGCUGUCAUGAGGGGGCUUCGUGCCUGUUACCACCUCCUGGUAGGUCCAGCGCAGUGGUGUUACGUGGCAGCAUGGGCACCGGGAGCGAGCCUGGGCAGCGCUGGGGCGGGCUGGGUGUUCAGGGGGGCUGGAAUCGUUGUAGGGAUGGGGGGUUGGAUGUGUUGCAGGGCUGCCCUGGGGACGGCGAGGGGCUGGGGAGGCGCAGUGGGUGAUGGGCACACUCAGCCCUGCAUGUGCAGCCCCGCUGAAGAUUCCAGUACCCUGAGGGCCACAUCUGCUGCUGCCUGAGGCAGCCUCACUUGUCCCUUUGGGGUGGUUUCUGCCUGUCCCACCACUGCCUGCCCUGACAGUCACCAGCUGCCACUGGGAUGAAAGCACCUUCCUGUCCCCACGCGCACCACUGGGCAGCGAGAGGAGCUUGUGACCUGGCUUUGUCCCUUCUGCUGGGGCUGAGGUUGUGGAAUCCUGCCUGCCUCCUCUUCCUCCUCCCCUGGGGCAGCCCCACACCCUUGAACUUCCCUGUGGUGCUGCUCCCUUGGGGCCUGCAGGGUGCUCACCUCUUCCUGCCUCAGCCCAGCCAGGAUGAGGAGCUGCCUGUGGGAUGCAGGGAGACAGACAGAGAGGAGCAGCUGGGCUGCGAGGGAGCACCACCAGCAGCCCCAGCAGAAAGGCGGUCUCUGGAGGAGACAUCCACGCUGGUGCUGAGCACACCAAGCAACAUCCUGCGGGAUGGGGAGAUCCAGGAGCUGGGCCCCCACCUGCCCCUCCGGCUGACGCAGCAGCCCUGGCGCCUGCUGUACAGCACCGCACAGGAUGGCUUCAGCCUGCGGACCCUGUACCGGUGUGGAGCCCAGCCAGGCUCCCCGGCUCUGCUGCUCAUCAGGGACACGGAGGCACAGGCCUUCGGUGCUUUCUCUGCCACCACCAUUUGCUGCAGCAGCAGCUUCUACGGGACGGGGGAGACCUUCCUCUUCUCCUUCUCCCCAGAGCUGAAGGUGUUCAAGUGGACUGGCAGGAACAACUUCUUCAUGAAAGGGGAUGUGGACCUGCUGAUGGUUGGUGGGGGCAGUGGUAGAUUUGGGCUAUGGCUGGACAGAGACCUGCACCACGGUGGCAGCCACCCCUGCGAGACCUUCAACAACGAGACCCUCUCGCGCCGGGAGGAAUUCUGCAUCCAGGACCUGGAAGUGUGGGGCCCGGCCUGAGCCCGCAGGCCACAACCUGG